AUGGCCUUCAUCGUCGCCCUCGUCAUGAUUCUGCUGUCGUUCCUGGAGCAUCUCCGCUCGCCACGGCCCUCCAUGCUGCUUGGCGUCUACCUACUCGUCACCAUCUUGUUUGACGUCGCCCAAGCGAGGACUUUGUGGCUCUCGUCCGCCGCCUCCACCAACGAGCUGCAGCAAGCUCGCAUCUCGGUUGCCGCUGUCGUCGUCAAAGCAGCCAUUCUCGUGCUCGAGUCUCGCAAGAAACCCCGCCCAAAUCUCCAAGCGCAACAGAGUCCGGAGGUGACGACUGGCAUCAUCAGCCUUUCGACCUACUUCUGGGUCAACAAUCUCUUGCUCGCGGGCUUUCGCAAGCUGCUCACCAUCGGCGACUUGUAUGCCCUCGACCAAUCAAUGUCCGCCGAGGUCUUGUACACCAAGCUCUCGCCCCAUCUGGAGAGAAACAUCGCCCAAGGCCGCAAGCAUGCCCUGCUCAGGAGUCUCGCCGGCACGCUCGCGGCUCCUCUGAUUUUCCCCAUCGUGCCGCGACUCUGUCAAAUGGGCUUCAAAUUCUGCCAGCCCCUCAUGAUCGAGAGCCUGCUCAACUAUCUCCAGGAGCCCGAGGGAGCUUCUUCGCCCAACAAGGGCUACGGAUUCAUAGGUGCCGCCAUGCUCAUUUACCUUGGCAUGACCACCUCCCUGUCGCUGUACUGGUACUUCCAGGAGCGUUUCGUACACAUGGUGAGAGCGACCCUGGCCUCUGCCGUGUAUCGCAAGACGACCACCAUUAGUUUGUCCGCCGCAGACGAUUCCGCCGCCUUGACCCUCAUGAACGCCGACGUGGAGCGUGUCAAGAUGGGUUUCCUGCCCUUACACGAGUAUUGGGCGAACACGGUCGAGGUCGCCUUGGCGUGCUGGCUGCUCCAGCGUCAGAUCGGUGCUGCUUUCGUGGCACCCGUCAUUGUCGUCAUUAUCUGCACCGCCGCCUCUACAGUCACGGCCCGACUCACCGGCAAACGCCAGACACUCUGGAUGGAUUCGAUCCAAAAGCGAGUCGGGGUUACCGCCAAAGCCAUCUCGAGCAUGAAGGCUUUGAAGAUCUCGGCCAUGUCCGGCCCGAUAGAAACCCUGAUUCAGGGCCUACGGCUGAAGGAGCUCAGCGUGGGUGGUAAGUGGCGUUUGAUGCUCCUCGCUGCCGUCACCAUUGCCUACACGCCGUCCCAACUCGGCCCCGUCAUGGCAUUCGCCGUAACCUCCCAGACCCUCGAUGUCACACGCAUCUUCACUUCGAUGGCAUAUCUGAUGCUCCUGGCCAGUCCCCUGGGAAGCCUCUUUCAGUCGAUUCCGCAAAUGGUCUCUGCCUUCGCCUGCCUAGGCCGUAUCCAGGCCUAUCUCGACAAGGAAACCCGGGUCGACUUCCGCAAAACGCCCGACCCUCCGCUUCUCUUGGAGAAGCACGCUGAUACCCCAGACCCGGAGCCGCAGACAGCGGCUAUCGAGGCGAAACAAGCCUCGUUCGGCUGGGUUGAGGGGAAGAACGUCUUGGAGGAUAUUGACAUCACCAUUCCUGCUCACGCACUCACCAUCAUCGUGGGCCCCGUGGCGUCCGGCAAGUCGACUCUGUUGAAGGGCCUCCUCGGGGAAACGCCAGUCGGCUCCGGUGACGUGCUCAUGAGCGUCAAGCAUAGCAGGAUCGGAUACUGCGACCAGUCUCCUUUCCUCUACAACAACACGAUCAAAGCCAACAUUGUUGGCCAUUCCCAACUUGACCCCCAGCGCUAUAGCCAAGUCAUCGAAGCCACCAUGCUGUCCACCGACUUUGCCACGUUCCCCAAGGGGGACGGCACCAAUAUCGGAAGCAACGGUCUGACGUUGAGCGGCGGCCAGCGGCAACGAGUUGCUCUUGCUCGUGCUCUCUACUUGGAGACGGACCUCCUCAUUCUGGAUGAUAUCCUCAGCGGCCUCGAUGCGACAACCGAAGAACACGUCUUCCGCAAAGUAUUCGGCAGCGAUGGCAUGGUCCGUCGCAGGGGCAUCACGGCCGUGCUGUGCACGCAUUCGGUCCGGCAUUUGCCACUGGCCGACCACAUCAUCGCACUCGGUGUCGAUUGCACCGUGGUGGAGCAAGGCUCUUUUGCAGAUCUCCAGACGAAUGGAAAAUAUGUGCAGAGCCUGGAGAUCCAAGAGGCCGAGAAAAGCCCCGAACCACAGGCUGGUGCUGAUGCUGACGGCACUCAGGCCGACGAAACGAUUCCUUUGGCGCAGGCAGUGACGGAAGUCUCGGUUGUGGCCGAGGAAUCGGACAAGGCACGUCAGCUGGGCGAUUUUGCCGUCUACAAGCACUACUUUGGCAGCAUCGCGACGUGGGUCAUUGCGGUCUUCUUCUUCUGGUGCUGCGCAUACGGCUUCACAUCCAACUUCCCCACCGUGUGGUUGAAGUUCUGGUCUGAAGACGUUGUUGCAUCGAACCCGAAACGCUCGGGGUCUUUCUACAUGGGCAUCUAUGCGCUUCUCCAAAUCAUGUGCCUUGGGUCUCUGAUGGCGGUUGUCAUGAUCUGCACGCAGACCAUGAUCUCCCAGUCAGGUUCGACGUUGCACAAGCGGGCGCUGCGGACGCUCAUCGGCGCACCUUUGCGCUUCUUCGCCACCACGGACACGGGGACGGUGACCAACCUGUUUGCCCAAGACCUGGCUCUGAUAGACAGCGAGUUGCCCAUGGCCUUGAUCAACUUCUCGGUGCUGUGUUUCGCUGUCAUAGGCAUGGCGGCCGUCAUCGCCAUUUCGUCACCGUGGCUGGCCAUCAGCUACCCAUUCCUCGUCGCAAUUCUAUACGUUGUGCAGACGUUCUACCUUCGGACGUCAAGGCAGUUGCGUAUAAUGGAUCUCGAAGCAAAGGGCCCCCUCUACUCCCAUUUUAUUGAUACUCUCAAGGGUCUAGCCACGCUUCGAGCACUGGGGUUCAUCGAAUCCGACAUAGGCGUCAAUAACGAUCUCCUCGAUACUAGCCAGCGGCCGGCUUACCAGCUCGCAAUCAUCCAGCGUUGGUUACAGCUGACGCUGAAGCUGCUUGUUGUCAUACUCGCCACCGUCGUCGUGGCGCUGGCAACCCAGCUCCGGACGAGCUCCGGCUUCACGGGAGCGUCCCUCGUCACACUCAUGACAUUUGGCGAUACGCUGACCACGAUUGUACAAUCAUACACGGUGCUCGAGACAAGCAUCGGGGCCGUGGCACGUCUCAAAACGUUCAGCGAUACGGUGACCCCAGAAACCGGACCCGAAGAGAACAUCAUCCCCAAAGAAAGCUGGCCCGAAAACGGCGCAAUCGAGAUCAAGGCAGUUUCGGCCUCGUACGGGGCCCCUCAAGGUACACCAAGCGCGGGGGCGGAGACGAAGCCGCCGAGUGAUCUCGCCAUCCGAGACCUGCAUCUUUCGAUUCGCCCGGGUGAAAGAGUGGCCAUAUGCGGCCGGACAGGCAGCGGCAAAUCGUCGCUCAUCCUGCUGCUCCUCCGCCUGCUCGAGAUAGUCCCCGGUAGCGAAAACGGGAUCGUGGUGGAUUCUUUGCCCGUCGACAAGAUCGACCGUGACGCGCUGCGGCGCCGUAUCAUAGCCGUACCACAAGACGCCAUCUUUCUUCCAGAUGGCUCGACCGUGCGGGAAAAUCUCGACCCUUUCCAAGUGGCCGACGAAUCCGAAUGUCUCAGCGUUCUGGAGCAGGUCGGGCUGCUCGACGGGAUCCAAGAACGAGGCGGAAUCGACAGCAAUCUCACUGCGGACUCGUUCAGCCAAGGGCAGAAGCAGCUGUUCUGCCUCGCUCGUGCUGUAUUGCGACGGCGCGUAAAGAGCCGCAACGGCAUGGACGGCGGCAUCCUCCUGCUUGACGAGGUUUCUUCCAGCGUCGACCGGGUCACCGAUCUCGCGAUGCAGGACAUCAUCCGGCGCGAGUUCGACGGGUACACGAUCAUCAUGGUGUCUCACCGUCUGGACAUGGUUCUGGAAUGCGACACGGUCGUCGUCAUGGACAAGGGGCACGUGGCCGAGAAGGGUGCGCCUCGCGUGCUCAAGGAGCAGGAAGGGGGCAUGUUCAGAGAGCUAUGGAACAGCAGCAAAACGGCAGAGGAAUGA